AUGGACAACAUAGUCGCCAUCGGCCUUGGGCUUGGCCUACGCGCGCUCAUCGACAUCGUCACCCAACACAACCAUAGGGUCGAUGGCUCGCUCGUCGGUCUCUGGGAGGGCGCUGUCCUCAGACACUUCAUCACCAAAUACCCCUCCACCAUCGACCCCUACGCCGCCUAUGCCUUCCGCCUCCUCGUCGACUUCCUCUGGACAAACAGCUAUGUCCGGCUCUUCAUCGUCUUGCUAUGGACCUUCAUGGGCAUGCUCCUCACCGACGUUGGCAUCGACAUGGCUGCCGAUCGACGCUUCCAAAGGCUCAUGCGUUCUGUGCGCCACGCCGUCAUCUACCCUUUACUCAGCCAAGUCUCGAGCUCGAGCCCAAGUCCUCGCCGAUCAUCCUCUUCCUCCGCCUCCGCCGCACCCUCCCGUGCACAAUACUACCAGGUCCCACCCACCACCAUCUCUACAGCCUCUACCCUCCGGAGCCCCGAUGGCACUGCACGAAGCCCGCCCCUCACCCAACGCACACCCAGUGCUACCGAGGCAUCUGUACCCCUCCUACCCCGUCGUCCAGCAUUGCGCGUCCCAGGCGCGUUCGCGGGUUCGGAGACGGACACGUCUGCAGAUCGUCCCUCCACACCAAGUAGAUCCGCCCCUACUGCGAAAAAUCCCACCUCCAAGCCCUCGCAACCAACGCGAACAUCUCAACCACCGAAAUCGUCGAAGCCUCCCCCGCCCCCUUCUCCGUCCAUCAACCGUGUCUUGUCCGACGACGAACGCAGCGUCGGUUCGAGGGGAUCGGGUCUCACCACCCCCGUCACGAGUGACACCGAACGGCCCGCCGACGGGGUCUACAGUCCCGAGCCGGUCAAGUCAGGGCUCACCACCCCCGCGCACAGUCCGCCCCCGCGCCGCGGCCACGCCCUGCCCCCAGUCCGAGUCAUCGACGAGGUGCUGCGCACGCAUACCCCCAGCGUAGCCUCGCGCGACCCCUCCGAUACCGCGCCGGUCCCGAUCCCGAUACGUUUCCAGGACUCGGACGACUCCGCUCAAGUCCGCGCCGCGCUUGCACGACCUGAACUCAUCCCGGACAUGCAGACGCCCCAGCCGAGCCCCGGGAUAAACGCCCCCAAUCAGUUCAUCGCGGACGACAAGAAAGGGAAGCGGCGCUCGGGUGCCCGUGCAUCCACCACGGAUGCGGCCGCUGCCAACCGCGCAAGUGGGAGCCGCCUCAGCACGGAGCCGCCCCCCGCGUACGAGCGUACGCCUGGAGAUGGCGAGGUGCAGCCCCCUGAGGAGCCCGAUGACGACACCCCCGGGGCAAGUGUUCUCUCGGGCGACGGGGACCGUCAGAGGCUCCUUCAACGUGCAGAAUCGCUUCGCACGGACGCGGACGUGGCGGACAAGCGGCGGGCGCAGCUCAGGAAGGAGCUUGAGACGGCAAAGAGGUCGCAGGACCACUGGGCGGCGUUCAGGUUGAAGCACGAGAUGGCGCGGGCGGAGAAGGAGACGAAGGAGCUGCAUGCGAAGGCUGCGAGGCGGUUCUAUCGAGCACACAACCUCAAGCCGGAGCCACAGACCAUCGAUGUGCACCGGCUGAAGGUUGCGGAGGCUAUCGAGAAAGUUGAGCAGGCGUUGUACGACGCGAUGGUCACGAAGACCCCCGAGUUGCGCAUCAUCACCGGCCGGGGCAACCACUCGAAGAACAGCAUUCCUGCAAUCAAGCUCGCCGUUAUCGGCGCUAUGGCUGACUACCGCAUUGAUAUCAUCACGGACCCAAAUAACAGCGGAGUACUUAUCGUACAUCCCCCUCAGACUGCCGACCUUGGUGCUGGCCCAUCAAGGUGA